AGGGCGGAAUGAUGUCGCGGAGGGUCCCGCCUCGCGCGGAGGUGGGGAGGCUAGGUCCCUGCGCGAGCGCUACCCCGCCGGCGGCUACUUAGCAGUUGGGAGCGGGCGGUCGGCGCGGCUCUGUGUGCCUGGGAGGCUCUGCCGCCGCGGAGUGCGACGCAGCCGCUUCUCGCCUCGUCAUGUCUAAGGAAACGAAGAAGCCCUUCCGCCAGAGCAUGACCGAGUGGCGGCAGUUCAUCUACAACCCCAACAGCGGCGAGUUUCUGGGGCGCACGGCGAAGAGCUGGGGUUUGAUCUUGCUGUUCUAUCUGGUAUUUUAUGGCUUCCUAGCAGCACUCUUCACAUUCACGAUGUGGGUUAUGCUUCAGACACUGAGCAAUGAUAUACCAAAAUACCGUGACCGGAUUUCCAGUCCAGGACUUAUGAUUUCACCAAAGCCAGACACUGCACUGGAAUUUUACUUUAACAAGAGUGACGCCCAGUCAUACGCAGAAUACGUUGCUACACUUAGAAAAUUCCUUGAAUCAUAUGAUGAUUCAAAGCAAUCCCAAAACAUAAACUGUACACCAGGAAGGAUUUUUGAUCAGAAUGAUGUUGCUGUUAAAAAGGCAUGUCGAUUUAACCUCUCUGAGCUUGGCCAGUGCUCUGGAAAGGAAGAUAAGACCUUUGGCUAUUCUAAAGGAACUCCCUGCGUGCUUGUGAAAGUAAAUAGAAUAAUUGGGUUAAAGCCUGAAGGAGAACCACGUAUACAGUGUGCAUCUAAGACUGCUUGGGGAGCAGUGAAAGCCUUGGAAGCGGGCAUGGUUGAGAUAAAUUAUUUUCCCCCUGAAGGCUUGAUUGACUUAAUGUACUUUCCAUACUAUGGGAAAAGCUUGCAUGCUCACUAUUUACAGCCUCUAGUGGCUGUUCAACUAGCAAUUAACUCCAACAGUACCAAAGAAGAAAUAGCAAUUGAGUGUAAGAUCCUGGGCUCACCUAAUUUAAAAAAUGAAGAUGACCGUGACAAGUUUCUGGGACGAAUUGCCUUCAAAAUUCAGAUGACUGAAUAGCUGGAGUAAAAAAUUCCCACAGAGUAAACAUUGUGUUGUCUGUUUUGUAUCAUCUGGACAUGCCAUUUUAGGAUAUGAGACCGCCUUGGAGAAUGUUAAGGUGGUUUAUGGCAUUCAGGGUAGCAUUAUAAUCUGCUUCCAAAUUGUAUGUUUAAAAUCCUUCAAAAUAAAUGCCUAUCCUGCUUCUGCCUGCCCCCUUGGAACAAUGUACAGACUAUAGUUAUGUCAUAGGGACCUGUAAAUAGCUGUUUUCAAACACAUAAUAAUGGUGACCUUUGUCCUGUUCUAAAAUGUGGUUUUAUCCCCCAAGUGAGUGUCUCAAGCUUAAUGUGCUGUGCUAUGUAAAUAUUGUAUUGAUUUAACACUGGUUUAACUGUCAUAUCUCAAUGCUGACACAGUUAUAGGGAUAAAUAAUAAAUGGUACCUGAUUGACAUAGUGAUUUUUUUGUAAGAGUAAACACCUCCAGCGUAAUUUGUAUGGAAGUGGGUGGGUGGCUGGCUGUGUGGAGUUGCCUUAAAUUGUAGACUGGGUGGCAUGAGAGAAUUGAAAUUGAUUUUAUGAAUUGGUAUGGAUUUCUGAAAGUAAGUGCUAAACUAGUACUUUCUUGUGCUUGUCACUGUGCAAGUAUUGUGUACAUGUAAUACUUGGUAUAGAGUUUGGUAUUCUAGCUGAGGAAUUGAGUCUUCGUGCUGUUAAUUGCUUGCGAUGCGUGGAGCACAAAUAAAAUCUAUACAAUAUUUUCAAACUUUUUAGUUCAGAAAUAUCAAUAGAGAACAACGUAAAUUGUUUAGGGUCCUGAUAACAGUUGUACAAUACAGCUGCUUGAAAGAAACAGCCUCACUGUUGUGGAAUAGGCUUUCAUUUUCCAAUUAAAAAAUUUCCUGAAGAAUCUCUGCUUAAAAAAAAAAAAAAAGGAAAAGAAAAAAAUUGUCUUGAUUAAACAUUCCUGUUUGAUUUAUAUACUCUGUUUUGUUGCAUCAUUUUAACAUGCUUCACAUCUUCAUCUGCUCUUUCAUCUUGGAUUUUCUGUGUAUUUCCUCAUCAUCCAUUUAGAAAAUUGGUGUCAUCAGCUGCUUGAUAGAAGUACCCUAUAUUAACUUUGAGUAGGUUACUUGCAGUUUAACUUAAAACAGAGUUGCUAAAAUUACUACAGACUGGUUCAUUUGUGACUGCUCCUCACAUUAAACCAAGUUGACCCAUUAUAUUGGGUUAUAACUAAUGCAGUUGUGCUGACACGGGAUUUAUGUUGCUCUUCCCCAAGGUUUUUGUUUGUUUUGGUCUUGGGUUUUUUUGAGCAUGUGGUCCACAUUCUAAUGUCUUCUCAAUUCUGAAGACCAUAGCAGAUCAGCAUUUGUGUAAAUACCUGUAUGUUCUGCUAGUUAGGCCUAAAUUUGUUACUUAACAUGUUUUUAUGCCUAAUUCUUACAGUGGUUUUUAAUAUUUUAUUUAAACAAAUUAUAUGAAUGAUUACUAAAGUUUAAGAUCUAGUCUUAAUGUCCUGCUUUGAAAAUGUUUGAGGCCAGUCUAAGCCAUGUUAGUGCAAAACCUUUUUAGCACGUGGGCAAGGCUACCCUGGUACACAGUUGGAAGAAGCUAUUCUUAAUGGGACUUGAACAAUAUCUUGAGCCUCAUUAAAAAUAGAUUUAUACUGAUCUGAUACCAUUCUGCAUGCUUUUUUUGUUGUCUAUAAAAGAAAAAUUGUUGUUCCUACAAUAUGCAAUGGAUACUUUUGUAAUAAUAGCAUGCUUUAAUACUGAAUAAGAAUGUUCUUUCAAAAGAUUCCAUUACUAAUGUUUUAAAUCAUGCACUUUUAGAGCUGGAUACCUGGGUUCUUGAAGAUAUGACUAAUUGCUUCUCUGUAUAUUAAUACUGCCUGAAAGUAUUUUAAUAGUCUUGAGGGAACUUAAAGUAUAGAUGUUGCAUUUGAAAAUGACCAGCUUGAUGUAAAACAAUUUCACAUUUGUCACUUAGGAAUGAUAAGAAGUUCUGGGCACAGAGUUUUCAAAUGAACUGACUUUUGCAACAGUUUCUCUUUUGACUUCUCUAUAUAGACAACGCAUGAACUGGCAACUCUUCACCAGCACUUUUCAGACAGGUAGAACUCAAUAAACUCCUGUUCUCCCUAGA